UGGUUGCUGAGAGGCAGUUGGGUCCGCGGCGUGAUUGGUGAAUCGGAAUGUGUGGCCGCUACUAACGUAGGGCGCGGGGUGUUGAGUGGCGAGCGGCGCUUGGCGGGUCCGCGUGUGAGGAAAGGGCGGGAAUCGCUGCAGUGUGGGGGCUCACGCAAACUGCCUUCUCUGUAAAGCAGCUAGUGUAAUCAAACGCUGGAAUAGAUCCUGGUUUGUUGAUCGUCAAAAUCCACAGAAGAAAAGUACAGCUUUAAAAAACAUCUUCACGAAAGGGAGUUUUGUUUUGUUUUGUUUUUUCUUUUUUUCUUUUUAAUGUUUUAGAACAAAUUGAAGUAGAAGUUAGUUUCCUUGAAUGGAUUAGACAUUUACAAACCAAAGACUUGUGAAAUUUCACCAUUUCAAUAGAAGAACAUUAACUUUUCUCCACGUAGAUGGGACACAAGAAGGUCAAAGAUUUCUCACAUCCCUCAGCUUUAACUCUCUUCUCAUCCUUUUUUCACCAUACCUUGGUAUAGUGAUUUUAAUUAGUGGUCAUGGCGUUAGCUGAUUCGAUGCAGAGUUGAAGUCUUCCUUCAAACCUUUUGUCUGUGGAUGAUGCUGUUGAUGGGAGCAGUGCGGUGCCAUGGAGACUUGUGACUGAGCUCUGUAGGAAGAGAGAAUCUGGAUCUCAGUGCCUAUAAUUCUCAGCAUUUUCAGCAGCUUUGUGUUUCUUAAAUCACUGGCUUGUUUCCCCUUAGGUUGCAGCUAAUUUGUUGGUUUGGUAAUCGUGUGUUUGUGAGAGACAUUUAGUUCAAAUACGCCAAGGGAAAACGGCCUGUUGAUUUUAAAACACUUCUCCUUGUUUACCUUGGUCCCUCUUGGACUUUGGAUUCUCUGGCAUAGUUAAAUGGAUUAUUUUUUCCUAGCUUAGUUUGUGAAAGAGCUCCAGGAGAUGAGCAGUGAGUCAUCCUGUGCACUCAGGACAGACUGAUACACGCUGAGGAUGUGCUGAGCCAGAACUAGGAGAAAAUGGAGCAAAUCCAGUGUGUGUGAUGCUUCUACCAACCAGGAGGGUUUCUUUUUUUGUUUUCAGAACUGUUAUUUUGGAGCACAUCACGAAGCGGAUCCAGGUCUGCCUGGUUUGGAGCAGCCAGGAGGAGUAUGAUUGAUAGAACUGUAUAUAUGGUUAAAAAUAAAGACCAUCAUCUUGGGUUCUGAAUGACACAUCAGCUGUAAAUUUGGAUUAUUUGUUUGUUUGUUUGUUUGUUUGCUUUCAGUGUGGAUCAGAUGACAUGACUGCCUGAAGUGAUCCCUCAGGGAAGUAAUUCCUCACAAAAGAGAAUAAAAUGAGCCCUGCGUAUGGUUAAAUUACUCCAUUCCAACCCCGCCUGCUCAGUCCGUGAGAGGAGGAGAGGAAGGGAACUGUUGCAAGCCUGUUGCCAUGGGCACGCGGCUGCAGGCUGCUCGUGUGGCUGGGAUCCUGCCGCAUCUGCACUGCACGAAUUGACCUGAGUUUGGAGGAUGAAGUCCAACCCAAAGCAUAUGGUUCCCCCAGUGAGCAGGGACAGAAUAAUCUCCCAGUUUCCUAAGUGGUACACUCCUGAGGCCUGUCUGCAGUUCAAAGACCACUUCCAUGCACAGCUCAGGACUGCCUGUCAGCAGAGCACCGGAACAGCUGGGCUGAAAAUAUCCAAAGUGGUUGUGGUAGGAGACGUCUAUGUUGGGAAAACAAGCCUCAUCCACAGGUUCUGUAAAGAUCAUUUUGAACGAGAUUACAAGGCGACCAUCGGGGUGGAUUUUGAAAUUGAACGUUUUGAAAUAGUUGGAAUACCAUAUAAUCUCCAGAUAUGGGACACAGCAGGUCAGGAAAAGUUCAAGUGCAUUGCAUCUGCUUAUUACCGAGGAGCAGAGGUUAUAAUAACAGUGUUUGAUCUAGCUAAUAUCCAGACUUUGGAUCACACCAAACAGUGGCUGGAAGAUGCUUUGAGGGAAAAUGAGCCAAAUUCCAUCUUCAUCUUUCUGGUUGGAACAAAAAAAGAUUUGGUGUCAGAUGCUGUUUGUGAAAGGACAGAGCUGGAUGCUAUCCGCUUUGCCAAUGACAUGCAGGCAGAAUACUGGUCAGUUUCAGCCAAAACAGGGGAAAAUGUCAAAGAGUUCUUUUCCCGAGUUGCUGCGUUGGCCUUUGAACAGUCCAUGAUGAGGGAGCUGGAGAAAACCACAGGGCACAUGGCUCAAAUUGGGACAGGAAACCUCAUCAGACUGGAACAGAACCUGAUGGAAAUCCCAGAAGGCAAUGUUCAAGAAAGCUCAAGUUGCUGCUGAUUUUCAGCUCUUUCUGCAAAUGCCACACGUCUCUAUAGUCCAGCAUAGAGCAUCUGCAACAACAGAAACUCUAAAAUCAGAAAUAAAAAAUUCUAUUUUUAGAAAUGAGGGAGAAAAAUAUUAUUCAAACUACUUUCUGAGGGUUCUCUUGUUGUUGAAGGCUCACUUGUGCUGGAUGGUAUUGUUAUAUAAACUUCUCUCUGUGUAGUAGAAAUAUGACAUCCUUGUCUCAGUGCAAGAAGACAUUGCCAGCGUCGUGUGCUCACCUGUCUGCCAGAAAAACUUGUAGUCAGAAGUUAUGUAACUUUAUCAUGUUGGGUGUUGAUAAUUCUCUAGAAAUCUUGAUUACUGAAGUUGCAUUCUCAUGGGAGCAGAAUACAAAUGGCAGUUCAGAGAAAAGGGUGCUGAGAGCAGCCUGUCAGAAUCUAAAGGAAGGAGUAUGGGAAAGAAUGGCACAGCCUCUUUAACAGGUCUGGGGUCAAGGGGAAAUGCUUUCAAAUUAAAAGAUGGGACGUUUAGAUUGGAUAAAAGGAAAAAGUUUUCUGCAGUGAGGUA